UUCUAUCAGUGACUGUCCAUCAUGUUGUCCAGGUUGAGGACAACGUGGUCCCUGAGGCCCUGUGUCUCUGUUUGCAGAUGGGCACAUACCAAAGAGAAGGGCAAGCCCCUCAUGCUCAACCCUCGUACCAACAAAGGCAUGGCCUUCUCUCUACAGGAGCGACAGAUUUUGGGGAUACAUGGUCUGUUGCCCCCCAAAGUGGAGACUCAGGACAUUCAGGCCAUGCGCUUUCAGAAAAAUCUCAAGAAAAUGACUGAUCCACUAGAGAAGUACAUCUACUUGAUGGGCAUCCAGGAAAGGAAUGAGAGGCUUUUUUAUAGGGUGUUGAUGGAAGAUAUAGAGGAACUGAUGCCAAUAGUCUACACUCCCACUGUAGGCCUUGCCUGCACGCAAUAUGGACAUAUCUUUAGAAGACCCAAAGGCUUGUUCAUCUCCAUUCGGGACAAAGGACACAUCCGCUCCAUCCUAGACAACUGGCCAGAGACUAAUGUUGCAGCAGUAGUAGUAACUGAUGGAGAGCGCAUUUUAGGAUUAGGAGACCUGGGCGUUUAUGGAAUGGGCAUCCCUGUCGGAAAACUUUGCCUGUACACUGCCUGUGCCGGCAUUAGACCUGAAAAAUGUCUGCCUGUGGUGAUAGAUGUUGGCACAGACAAUGAGACUCUCCUCAAGGAUCCACUGUACAUGGGCCUGUACCAGAAGCGAGAUCGCUCUCAGGCAUAUGAUGAUCUGAUUGAUGAGUUCAUGGAAGCUGUGGUGGAGAAAUAUGGACAGGAUACACUGAUCCAAUUUGAGGACUUUGGGAACCACAAUGCCUUCCGCUUCCUCAGGAAGUACAGGGAGAAAUACUGUACCUUCAAUGACGAUAUCCAAGGUACUGCGUCUGUAGCCCUUGCUGGUCUGUUAGCAGCUCAGAGAGCUGUUGGCAAACCCAUCACUGAACACAGGGUGCUUUUCCUGGGAGCUGGAGAGGCUGCCCUUGGUAUUGCUAAUCUUAUUGUCAUGGCCAUGAUGGAGACUGGGAUGAGCCAAGCUGAGGCCAGAAAAAAAAUCUGGAUGUAUGAUAAACAUGGCUUAUUAGUAAAGGGCAGACCGCAGGAAACCGACACUAAUCAGGAGGCAUUUGUCCACGACAGUCCAGGGACUGUACAGAGCUUCCUAGAUGCUGUCAACACCAUUAAACCUACAGCUAUCAUUGGUGUGGCAGGAGCUGGACGUCUUUUCAACCAUGAUGUCAUCAAGGCCAUGGGAACCCUGAACGAACGACCGAUCAUCUUUGCCCUGAGUAACCCAACCACUAAAGCGGAGUGCACAGCAGAGGAUGCCUACACACUCACUGAUGGUAGGUGUCUUUUUGCCAGUGGCAGUCCAUUUGGCCCUGUGACUCUGAGUGAUGGCCGCGUCUUUACUCCUGGACAAGGGAACAAUGCCUACAUCUUCCCAGGUGUGGCCCUGGCUGUCGUCCUGAGUGGAGUGAGACACAUCAGUGACACAGUAUUCCUAGAGGCUGCCAAGACCCUUGCAGAGCAACUGACAGAUAAAGAGCUUGAAGAAGGAAGACUGUAUCCUCCUCUUUCCAACAUCAGAGAGGUCUCUGUCCAGAUGGCUGUCAAGGUGAUGGAGUAUGUAUAUGCUAAAGGCAUGGCAUUCCGCUACCCUGAGCCUGUGGACAAGAACGGCUUCAUACGUGCUACUGUCUGGAACACCAACUACGACUCCUUUCUGCCAGAUACGUAUGACUGGCCAGGUGUCAGCUUCAGCCCCAAGACUAACUAGAAAUAGAACAAACCCUCACUGUUUACCAUGUCAUAAUGUCACUUUCUUCCUUUGUUUUCCAUUUUACUCUUAAUUACAGAUCUUUUGAGACGAUCAUAGCUACCUUAGUGCAAUCAUGGCUUUUGGGGGGAAAAAAGGCACUAGUUGUCCCUUACUGCUUCCAUGCCACUGCAUUUGUACAAACCCCGUCUUAUUAGAUCUGUGAAAAGGUAGAGUGGAAGGUGGUUCUUGGAAAGAUAAGGACAUUUGAAUUGGAACAACCAUUCUCUCUUCACAUCACUGUUUUUAAAAAAUCUUCUUUGCAUCACAUGUAAACUUGCACAGAACUAGAGGGCCACCUGGUGGUGGAAAAAGGCAAUCUAGGUUCAUUGUUGAGAUCCAUUUAUACCUAUGCUCUGCUCUGAAAAUUAAAUGACAAAAAUAAUAUCAGAAUGUGGUGAAUUACAGAUAAUUACUCCUAGAAAUUUGUCUUUGUGAUUGGCAUUCACUCUAGCAAAUAGAAAUACCAAAACUCAAACACUAGGUAAACACUGUAACUGUACCACUGCAGAGGGUUACAAUUGAUUUUUACAAGAUAGUAUAGAUGGCUCUUAUGAUUUGUUUUGUGUUUGUAUCCUCAUCCAAUAUCUUUAUAGUCAGAAAUUGCCUAAGAAUAAGUUUUCCUUUGUUAAGGAAUGCCCUGUACAAUACCAUUAUUGUUUUCACCUAUUUUGAGGUAGUUUUUCACUCCAUAGUCAAUGUAUGCUCAAAUUUUAUUAUUUAUUUUUGUUGUGUACACUCCUGAUGCAAACAUGUUAGUAUUUUGUACCACUGAAAAACCUCCAGUCUUUAUUUUUUAGUCCACUUAGUACUAUUCUGGCUAUAUGGCUACCUAGAGAUUCCCAAACGUUAUGCACAGUUUUUAACAUGUAUGAGUAUGAGUUUCUACCCUGCAUUUUUUUUUCCACAUCAACUGGACCUCUGGUGUUUUCACUGAACAGCCAAUGCCCCGUGUAAAACAUAUUAUUGACGUUUUUUUAACCAAUGUUUGUAUUGGGCCGCAUUGCUGAGCAGUGGUAAUGUGCAAACUAGGCGAAAAAGAGAGCGAAGAACAAUGUAACUCAGGGGAGAAAUGAAGUGAGUAUUUGAGAUAUUUCCUUUAAUGGAAAAUGAUGAGAUUUUAUGAAGGGAAAUUAGAUUAAAUUUAUAUCUUAAGAACAGUCAAGGAAUUUUGCAGCUUGACAACAUAUCCAAUGUCCAUUUGUUCAAAUGUGCUUGACAUAUUAUAUUUAUCUCUCAGAAUUUAUUUUUGUUUUAGUUGGGGAGGGGGGAGGGGUAUUUAGAUGUUUUGCCAAUUCAUCAACACUCCUUUAAUGAGUAGUGGUAUGAAGAAUCUAUUCCAUAAAAUUAAUACUUUUGCUUAAGCUUGAUAUACAAAUUACUAUAAUCUAUAGCCUGAAUAUUUAAAAUACAGCGUGCAGUAUCAAAUAAUUGGAUAAAAGUUAUUUUAUACUUUACUAAUAUUUUAUUUACUGUACAUGCACUUUUGUAGGAAGACUGUCCGCUGAGAGACUAUCUAUAAAAUUGUGCUAAAUACGUCCAUGUGUGUUAGCAGGUUGGUGUGUGGGUUUCGCUCCAUGGAACAUAUUCAACAAAACAUCACACUUGCAGCCUAGGCCUUGCUGUUGUGAUUUGCCAUGAUCUAGAAGAAGUUGUAACCCAGCCCUGCCAGGAAAGGUCACAGACAUCUUGACAUUUUGACCUUUUAAUAUGGGUUUCAUUCUCACUUCCUUCUGAAAAAGAUGCUUAGUGACACUUUCAGUGGAGAGCUUUUGACACUUAAGGGUAAAAGAGAUUAUUACUGGCAAUAUUUGUGAUGAAGAAACCGAGUAAUGCUAACAAGCCAGUUUUAACUAUCUUAAGUGUCAUUAGAGAAGCAUUUUUCCAUUGAAGCUACAGGUUACAUUAAGAUUCAUUAGUCUAUGUCAUUUCUACACACUGGGCAUUGAUAGUAUCUUUGAUAUGUUAAAAUAUAUUUACUAGGUCACUGUGUAAGUUUAAACCUCAGGAUAUUGUUUUAGGACCUUCUGACCACCUGAACUGAAGUGCCUGCACAAUGUUUUGUGUCUGUUUAAAGGCACUCCAUGUUCCACAGUGUAUAUUUUGCAACAUGCUGCUGGCAGAGCUGAGAAACAACCCAACAGCACUAUGAAUAUAAAAAUUGCUAUUUGUUUUGUACAAAAUAAAGGAAUUGUGUAGUGUUCAAUGUGCAGCUUUUUUCUGAUAGACUGUGCAGCUUCUGGUUGUGAACACUUAAUGGGUUGUUAAAGGCAGUUUUUUCUCCCCUCAUUACUUUGGAAAUAGUUUUAUUUAAAAGAAACUAUAUAUAUAUAUAUAUAUAUAUAUAUAUAUAUAUAUAUAUAUAUAUAUAUAUUAGAAACAUUAGAAAAAGUUAAAACCCAUCAAGUGUUGUCUUGUGUCUACCCAUUUGUUGUACAUGAAUUAAUUGUCCAGUAUGAGUUUUUACUGUGUUGCAUUUAGUGACUGGUUUGCUCAUGUGAUUCCUAUCAUCCCCAUGAGGAAAAUUUCCUCCAUAUUUCACUGACAUGUGUAUUCAUGUAGUGUGGUGUCCUUUGUGGUUGUUUAUUUUUGUUACACAGUAAUAUUGCCUUACCAUACGUAUGCAAAGAACAGAAUGUUUGUGCUGCGUCAGUGAUAUUAAAGUGCAGAAUAAAACCUAUUUUACACUGUAA